AUGAAUCCUGACUCCUUGAAAUGGAAGCUAAUCCUGGCACUGGCUAGUAGUACCUUUGCACUUUUAUUCACUGUAAUUGCCAUUCCACUGAUUCAAGCCGAUUUGGAGAAUCUCAAAACAGAGGUAUUCAGCGAAAUGGACGAGUUUCGGGCUUCUACCGAUGCUCUUUGGGAUGAUCUAAUCGAAAUCGAGCGCAAUCCUGUCGCCAAAAGGGACAUCUCCGUUGUUUACAGUCGAAGGCCAGUGAUUCACAGAAAAGCAAAACGUAAGUUCUACAAGAAUGUUCAUAUUAUUUUGGCUACUUUUGCUGCCAAUAACAAAAGUUUUUACUCGGACAAGCGCGGAUAA